UCUGAAUGAAAUAGCCAGCUGUGGAGCAGUUCGGAUCCCUGAGAUUUGAAAAAAAAAAAAAAUGGCAUUCCAUGUGGAAGGACUGAUAGCCAUCAUCGUGUUUUACCUUCUCAUCUUGCUGGUUGGAAUAUGGGCUGCUUGGAGAACCAAAAACAGUGGCAGUGCAGAAGAACGCAGCGAGGCCAUUAUAGUGGGUGGCCGUGAUAUUGGUCUGCUGGUGGGUGGAUUUACUAUGACAGCCACCUGGGUUGGAGGAGGUUACAUCAAUGGCACAGCUGAAGCAGUGUAUGUACCAGAUUAUGGUCUAGCUUGGGCUCAGGCACCAAUUGGAUAUGCUCUGAGUCUGGUUUUAGGUGGUCUUUUUUUUGCAAAGCCAAUGCGUUCCAAAGGAUACGUGACCAUGCUAGACCCAUUUCAGCAGAUAUAUGGGAAGCGCAUGGGUGGGCUCCUGUUCAUUCCUGCACUGAUGGGAGAAAUGUUCUGGGCGGCCGCCAUUUUCUCUGCACUAGGAGCCACGAUUAGUGUCAUCAUCGAUGUGAACGUACAGGCGUCCGUCAUUGUCUCGGCGCUCAUCGCCAUUCUGUACACCCUGGUGGGUGGUCUCUACUCUGUGGCCUACACAGAUGUUGUCCAGCUCUUUUGCAUCUUCAUAGGCCUGUGGAUCAGCGUCCCGUUUGCAAUGUCACACCCUGCAGUUUCUGACAUUGGAUUCACCGCUGUGCAUAAGAAAUACCAGAAUCCUUGGUUGGGGACUAUUGAAUCAUUUGAAGUCUACACUUGGCUUGAUAGUUUCUUGUUGCUGAUGCUGGGUGGAAUCCCAUGGCAAGCCUACUUCCAGAGGGUCCUCUCUUCAUCUUCAGCCACCUAUGCACAAGUGCUGUCUUUCCUGGCAGCAUUUGGGUGCCUAGUGAUGGCUCUACCAGCCAUACUCAUUGGGGCCGUUGGAGCAUCAACAGACUGGAACCAAACUACAUAUGGCCCUGAUGAUCCCAUGACUAAGGACCAAGCAGACAUGAUUUUACCAAUUGUUCUGCAGUACCUCUGCCCCGUGUACAUUUCUUUCUUUGGACUUGGUGCAGUCUCAGCUGCUGUCAUGUCAUCAGCAGAUUCUUCUAUCUUGUCAGCCAGUUCCAUGUUUGCUCGCAACAUCUACCAGCUUUCAUUCAGACAGAACGCAUCAGACAGGGAAAUUGUCUGGGUGAUGCGAAUCACUGUGUUUGUCUUUGGUGCUUCAGCAACAGCCAUGGCCCUGCUGACGAAAACCGUGUAUGGGCUCUGGUACCUCAGCUCAGACCUUGUCUACAUCAUCAUCUUCCCUCAGCUGCUCUGUGUACUCUUCGUUAAGGGAACCAACACAUAUGGGGCUGCGGCUGGGUAUAUCUUUGGCCUCUUCCUGAGAAUCACUGGUGGGGAGCCCUAUCUGUAUCUACAGCCCCUGAUUCUUUAUCCAGGCUACAUCUCUGAUAAUAAUGGCAUCUACAACCAAAGAUUCCCAUUUAAAACCCUUGCCAUGGUUACCUCAUUCUUGUCCAACAUCUGCAUCUCUUACCUGGCAAAAUACCUAUUUGAAAGUGGAACCCUGCCUCCCAAAUUAGAUGUGUUUGAUGCUGUUGUUGCCAGGCACAGUGAAGAAAACAUGGAUAAGACAGUCCUGGUCAGAAACGAAAACAUUAAGUUAGAUGAACUCGCCCCUGUGAACCCUCGGCAGAGCAUGACUCUAAGUUCCACCUUUACCAACAAAGAGGCUUUCCUUGACAUCGAUUCCAGCCCAGAGGGAUCUGGGACUGAAGAUAACUUACAAUGACCCCAGUCAAAAUAAAAUACUGCUUGCUUGAAGCACUAGAGCAGGGUAGUCCUAAGAGGAUGGGUUAUAGUAUAUAAAAAUAUGUCUUUAAGAAGCAGACAACAUCCAGAAAGGCAAAAACCCAUGCAAGAGUACAAUUGUGCAAAUACAAGCUCAGGUGGAAGGAAACACCUAUAAAAGUAGCAGCUUCUUUCUCAUUGCUAUUUCUCGUCUCCAUUUGACUGAACUCUGGCUAGUUUUAUUCAGUGCAACAAAAUGAACAAAAUCCACUCCCAGAAGAGAUGGCCAAAGUAUCUACCUUUAGUGACAUUAGUGAAGUAGAUCUGAAAGUCUUGCCUGAGAUCUUGUUUGCUAGUGUACUGGUGAGUCUGCUUAAGUGAUGGCACUGCAGCCUAUCACUUCCCCCUUUGUGCUGGUGAAUGUGCAAUGAAUUCCUCAACUGACUUUCUUCAUAUACUGCUUAAGCCUUUCCUUAGUGGUCCCUAUUGAAAUAUUUUCUGGUUAUGUAAUUUGUUUUUCUUUUGAGUAGUGGCAUGUACUAUUCUGAGCACAGGCAAAGUGAGCACACAGAGAUACAAAAUAACUGCAUUAUGGCAUUAUUCAUGUGCAAGGUGAUAGGAAAUGGAACCCAUAUUUGAGAGUUUUGGUCUCAUGAAGGGUAAAGGGCAUUUGGAGCAGGAA